AUGUCGUCAUCGACUACAAUGUACUUCUGGAAUCGUGAGGCACUGGAUACUACAGGUAGCAUUGGCGAAUUGGACAGCUUUAAUCCGCACAUCACGAUUUCACUCAUUGUCGCAUGGACUUUGAUUUAUUUAUGUGUAAUGAAGGGAAUCAAAAGUAGCGGAAAGGUUAUGUACGCUACAGCAACCUUUCCUUACGUCGUCACUACAAUUUUUCUUAUCCGAUCCGUCACCCUUGACGGAGCAAUGAAGGGUCUUUGGCAUAUGAUCAACCCCGAUCUUCACAAACUCUACAGCCCUACCGUAUGGCUUGAAGCUGCGACACAAAUCUUUUACAGCAUGGGAUUGGGAUUCGGAGGACUCAUCGCUUUCGGGUCCUACAAUCCUUUGAAGAACGACUGCAAAAAGGAUGCAAAGUGGUUGGCGCUCUGCAAUGUGGUCACAUCUUUGUAUACAGCUGUCGUAAUCUUUUGCGUACUUGGUUACAUGGGACACAAUACCAUGAAUAGCUGUAUAGAAAAGUAAGU